CGAAGUGCGGUGGCCUAAGUUAGUUUACGAGUAAUUAAGAAAAUUACACAAAUUCUUAAAAAUAUGAGAUUCCUUAAUAUUUUCCUGAUUUUGUGUGCGGCAUUCAUAUCAUACGCGGAGUGUCAUGAUUCCGAGAAGGCCAGAGCUGUAGCCAACGAAUGUAAAGAUGAGGUUGGCGCUACAGAUGCUGAUGUUGACAGUAUGUUCAAUCAUGAACCGGCUGGCAGUUCGGAGGCCAAAUGUCUGCACGCAUGUGUCAUGAAACGUUUCGGUUUGUUGAAUGACGAAGGCAAAAUGGACAAGGAAAAGGCUUUAGAUAUCUUGGAAAAGAUACAUGGCGACGAUGAGGAACAACAGAACUUGGGCAAGGAAGUGGUGGAAGCCUGUGGGGAUAUUGAAGUGGAUGAGGACCAUUGUGAGGCAGCCGAGGAAUAUCGCAUGUGCAUACACGGCAAAGCUGAGGAGAAUGGUUUUAAGCUGGGACGUGUUUGAAACGAAUCAAUUAGCUGGGAAACUUAAUUGGAAAUGCGUGAAGACGACUUUGGCUUUUGAAUUAUUUUUAAUUGAUUAUUUUAUAAGUUCGGCUGUUCCUCUGUACUCUCUGUUUUAAUGUUGCAAGUGAUAUGUAAACAUAUUAAAAAAGUAUUAUACAAGCAUCA